AAACGGAUACGCGGAAGCGGAAGCGUUUGGAAACGCGGAAUCGACAUUUUAUAAAAUUUUAGGAAGCGGAAACGUGUUGGAAGCGUUUUAAUAUAUAUAUAAAAUAGUAACAAUAGUUAUUAUUAUUAUUUAUUAUUAAUCUGAUUAUGUAUCAUUUUAGUGUUAAUAUUUUAAUGUACAAAAUCUAAAAUGAAAUUGAAAUUUAAGUUAAUUUUUUUGUAAUAUAUAUAUUAUAUAUCAUGUGAAUAUUAUUAUAUUUAUCAAGUAAAGGAAAAAAAUAUCAGUAUAUUAUUCAAAUGUUAGUUGUCCUCAUGUUAAUUUCAUAAAAAUGCAUAUAUAUUAUUGUUUAUUUAGACCGGUGAGAAGAGUAUAAUAUCCAUAUUUAUUUUUCCUUUAAUUUUGGCUAAUAGAAAAAUUCAAAUAAAAUUUAUAGUUUAAGAACACGUGUAACUUGAAAACCCUAAUUGCUUCUUCUCCAUCAUUGCUCACCUUGGAAACUACCUUUUCACACGAUAAAUUAUACACAUCUCGGUGAUUAACAAGUGCGAGUAUUUGUCAAGUGCUUUAUAUCUUUGAACGAAUCCGACUUAUUCAAUCAGGCGCUUCCGAACCGGAAUCGGAGCUUCCCCUGCGCUUCCAUAUUCAACUUUUCUGGAAUUCUGAUUCCAACACGGUUCCAAGCGAUUCCGGACGCUUCUGAACCCGUUUCUGCUUCCGAAGCGGGAAUCAUAGAUAAAAAAACGAUUCCGUGUAACGUAGCUUAAAACUUAAUUAACACUCAAAUCUUGUAAAAAAAAUGGAAGGUUUGCUUCUUGUUUUUCGCUAACCUUUUGUCUUUUUUUUUAUUAAUGUAAAUUAUAUUCAAACCAAAAGCUUUUUUAUUUAAUAAUGAAUAGUCAUGUUUUUGUGGCAUAAUUUUGAGAAACAAACAAUUUUAACACUUGCAUGAACUGACUAUGUCAUAGGGACAUAGUGUCUGUGGUAUUUGAGAUACAAACUCUAGAGCAUAGUUUUGUUUUUUUCUUAUUUCAUUUUCUACCAAAUUGUGCACUCUGAUGUAAACCAAAAGCUUUGUUAACAUUCAAUUCAUUUAAAAAAAAAAUGUCAUAUGGAUGACAAUAUAGUAGAUUUUCCCUCGUGAACCCGAUCUUCAUGGAUUCUUAGAGAGUUUCGUCUAGUCUGUUCCUUACGUGUUUGUCAACCAUUUUGAAUUUUUGACUCGCUGAGAUUGCUGUAUAACAGUAUAAGUCAUUUUUCCAUCCCCGCGAUUGUUGCAUUCUCUCUAUCUUUUGGCUCCACUAUUAAAAAAAAAUAUUAUUUAAUGGCCAAUAUUGUUUUGGGUGAUUUCUGUGGCUGUGAUGAAAUAUAAAAUUAGGAGUAUGCUUUUUUUAAUUAUUACCGAAACCCUAGCUAGUUGUGUGUCAUUUGCAUUCACAGAUAUUUCUCACCGUCUCAUCACAAACUGCACAACUCCAGAUCAUGAGUACGAUAGAAGAAAAUUUAGCUCCCAUUCCGAAUGAUCUUAUUGUCCAGAUAUUGUCGAGAUUGCCUGCAGAAUCAGUAGCGAGGUGUCGUUGUCUGUCGAAGCUGUGGGGAUCCAUACUCCACCGUCCAUAUUUCACCGAGUUGUUCUUGACUAGGUCAUGGGCUCGUCCACGUCUCUUAUUCGCCCUUAAACGAGAAGAUGCCUGGAGCUUCUACUCUUUGCCUCAGCGUCAACAUGAUCUACAUGACAAGGCGUCGCCUCCUCUAGUAGCCUACUCAGAUUUUCACAUGAAGUUCUCCAAAGACAUUAUUUCUCCAGAAUAUCAUGGCUUUACCUCUGGUUUGAUCUGUUUCUCUAGGAAGUCGAUCACACUGAAGAGUCAGGAGGAGACUGUGAUUUGUGAACCUAGAACGGGACAAUAUGCCACCGUACCUAAACUGUUACGGUAUGGGAAAAGCUUUUUAGGGUAUGAUCCUAUUGGCAAGCAAUUCAAGGUACUGUUCAUGGAUCAUACAGAUUGUGUUACACAUUGUUCUGAUGUUCACAGAGUUCUGACUCUAGGAAAUGGAAUAAUGGAGUGGAGGAAGAUCAAAUGUUCAUGUUCUUUAUUUCAUCAUGUUAUGGAUGAUGAAGGGAUAUGCAUCAAUGGAAUUUUGUAUUUCUCAUCUAAACAGCGUUAUUAUUUUCCGUGUGAUGUGAAGAUAGUUUGCUUUGAUGUUAGGUCUGAGAAAUUCAAGUCUAUUGAUGUAGAAUGGGAUAGUGGUUGGCAUGUUAAAUUGGUAAAUUAUAAGGGAAAAAUCGGUGUGGUUACUUGGAAGGGCCUGUAUGAGUUGAGUAUAUCGGUUCUAGAGGAUGUUGAGAAACAAGAAUGGUCUAAAUAUGUCUACACUUUGCCGGAGAAUAAUAUCCUUGAUUCCUCCAAAUAUUCCAUCGCUGGAGUGACUGCUACAGGUGAAAUUGUUUUCUCGGGGAAUUUUACACGUGGACCGUUUUAUGUUGUCUACUUCAGUCUCGAAAGCAACACUCUACAAAGUGUUGAGAUCCAAGGUUUGGAGAAAGAUCAUAGAGUUUGCGCUUAUGUAGACCUUGUAGAGGAUCUUAAUGUUAACAAUGCAAAGUACCUCAAAUCAAGCCCACGCCUAAAUGUCAUUACCGUUAGGCCGAAACCACAAGAGCGCAACUCUGCUCUAUCUGUGAAGAACAAGCCUUGAUCCUUCAGAACAAGUACGAUAUGUUAGCUAACCUCGACGAUUGAGAACAGGUGCUGGUUUGUUGUGUUGGCUAAUCUAUCUUUCGUUGUCUUUCGCUUGGCUUAGUUAUUUUGUGCCUUUCUUGUUACCAACUUCAUUUCCUAAUUGUGUUACUCAUUACUUGGGAGCAAACAAAAUAUGUUUAGUGUUUUUUUCUUUGUCUGCAUGCAUUUUUUUUUUAUUUAAGUUGGACGCCCAAUAAAUAGAAAAUUACUUUGAUUAGCCACGGUAUAAGAGAAACUCAACUUUAAAACUUAAUUUCAAAAAAAUAAAAUAAAUAGAUUUGGUGAAUGUGCAUGUGUAGAUGCAUUGUGCAUGUGUCUUACUUGAACGAGCCUUUGAUUGUCUGAUGGAUGUCUUGAGCUACGAUUCUUGGUUUGAUUACGUUAGGCUAGAAGAGAGUGUUGGGAACAAAGAUAGGGUAAGACAAAUCUAUGAGAGAGGCUAUAUUGUUAAUGUUCCUCCGAGUCAAUCCGGUCUAACUUUAUAGUUUUAUGAAAUUUAUAAACAAAGACUAUAAUUAUUUUCUAAAUGUGGUUAUGUACUUAUGUUAAACACACCAAAAAAUAAUUAUGUCAUCAUUCAAGAAACUCAAGAACACAAGAAUCAAAACAAUGACACAAGCAGAAUCAAAACAUAAUCAAUUUGAAAAACAAGAGUCCACAAGUUUGGAAACACAAAAGGAUUACACAUGAACUGAUAAAACACAACACACUAAAAAGACACACGAGAGAAUAUUCGAGGGAAGGGAGACUGAUAAACAGACACUCCCAUUAUUUUCUUCUCACCAUAACUAGAGAAACAUUCUUAAGACACUAAGAAAACAAACAAAAGAGGCUAAUUAAUUAUUUCAAGACA